AUGGGUUUCUCUGAAGGCGACGCUAAGAAGGGUGCUAACCUGUUCAAGACUCGUUGCGCUCAGUGCCACACCACUGAGGCUGGUGGCCCUAACAAGGUCGGCCCCAACCUGAACGGUGUCUUUGGCCGCAAGACGGGUCAAGCCGAGGGUUUCAGCUACACUGCUGCUAACCAGAACAAGGGUAUCACUUGGGAUGAGAACACGCUCUUUGAGUACCUUGAGAACCCCAAGAAGGAGAAGGACCGUAACGACCUCAUCACUUUUAUGCGUGAGGCUUGCAAGUAA